AUGACGCCGUGAGCUCAGCGCCAUUUUCGGCGUCAUCACGGCUCCUGGGUCGAAGCAUGCUAUUAUCAAACAGAUAAUAAGAUCUACAUUUAGACUCGUAAAGGCCUGUUUCAGUAUUUGUUGAAGGAUGGGGCGUAAGAAGAAGAAGCAGAUGAAGCCGUGGUGCUGGUAUUGUAAUCGGGACUUUGACGAUGAAAAGAUUCUGAUUCAGCAUCAAAAGGCAAAACAUUUUAAAUGUCACAUCUGCCACAAGAAGCUGUACACUGGCCCUGGUUUAGCCAUCCACUGUAUGCAGGUUCACAAGGAGACGAUUGACAGUGUUCCUAAUGCAAUCCCUGGAAGAACUGACAUCGAGUUGGAGAUCUAUGGGAUGGAAGGAAUACCAGAGAAAGAUAUGCAGGAAAGACGGCGGACGUUGGAACAAAAGUCUCAAGAAAGCCAAAAAAGGAAAAAUCAGGAUGACUCUGAUGAGGAUGAUGAUGAUGAUGAGCCUGGACCUUCAGCUCAAACUGCUGUUCAGCCACAGGCUGCCUACGCCGCUCCCAUGGCCCAGCCUGGGAUGCCCGUAGCUGGGGCACCAGGGUUACCUCCUGGAGGAUACCAAGGAAUGCCUCCUAUGAUGCCGGGUGUUCCACCCAUGAUGCAUGGCAUGCCUCCUGGAAUGCAUGGGAUGCCUCCUGGCAUGAUACCAAUGGGUGGGAUGAUGCCUCCCAUGAUGCCUGGGAUGCCCGGAAUACCUCCAGGGAUGCCUCCACACAUGGCUCCACGGCCUGGGAUGCCUCACAUGACCCCAGCCCCCACAGGAGCCAUCCCAAGCCGGCCCGCUGCAGCAGCACAACCUGCUGUCACUAAGCCUUUGUUUCCCAGUGCAGCUCAGGCCCAGCAAAGUGCAUCAGGAGUCACUGCCUCCACAGCAGCCACAUCUGACCCUCCCAAAGCAACGUUCCCCGCCUACACUCAGCCCUCUGUCUCUGCCUCUUCUUCUUCCACUUCUGCUUCUAAUCCCUCUAGCAGCACUGUGGCCAAACCCCCGGCCACAGUGACUAGUAAACCUGCCACACUAACUACCACGAGUGCAACUAGUAAGUUGAUCCACCCUGAUGAGGAUAUCUCACUGGAAGAGAUGAGGGCACAGUUGCCCCGUUACCAGCGCCUCGUCCCCAGAGUGGGACAGGCCCAUGCAGCUGCUGCUGCUGCCGUGGCAACAGUGGGUGGCAUGAUUCCCCCACAGCAAGGAAUCCCCCAGCAGCCCGGCAUGAGGCAUCCCAUGCACGGUCAGUACGGUGCUCCUCCACAGGCCAUGCCCGGCUACAUGGCCGGGGGGAUACCUCCAUAUGGGCAGGGUCCCAUGGUGCCCCCGUAUCAGGGGGGUCCUCCCUUGGGCAUGAGGCCACCUGUCAUGUCACCAGCCGGACGCUACUGAAGCUUCAAAGCUGCCGUCACAUUAGGUUUGAGGCUAACACCUUUUCUCAUCCUAGUGCUCUUUUCAACAGUAGCUGCACGUGGCCGGCUGAGCCUGUGGUGUGAACUAUACUUAGACACAUGGACUUUAUCAAGCACCACAAACAUUCAGCUCUUUGUUGCUUAUCUGUAAAGAUGUAUUUUCCCCCAUAGGUUCCACUCAGGUUUAUAGAAAUAAUGUGUGUUAAAACUAUUUCAUAUUACCUUUUGAAGCUGCUGGAGUAACAUGAGCGUACCGUCUUCUUACAAAGGCAAGUUUCUCAUGUAAACAUUGGAUCUUUCUUUUUUUAUUCUUUUGUUAGCUUGAGGCCCUCACAGCAUGUUUAGGUGCUGUUGGACUUGCGUCCCCAACUUUGGUUGGUGAGGGUCUCAGUGGUAAAGAUGAUUCCUGAUUAGUGUUAUAAAUCCAUGGCUCAUCAGUCUCUAGCUUUAUCCUUGUUUCAGGUUUGUUUUUAACAGUCUUGGUUAAAAGGGUACAUGUAUUCAUCCUUUGUAAUGUUUUAUGAAUCUGUUGUAAUAAAAUCCAUCUUGAAAUCCA